AUGGCCUCGCCUGCGCCGCCGCCCGUCAAGUUGCCGGGAAGCACAUUCCCACAAAAGAUAUGGCAGACGUGGAAAAUCGACCCCUUGCUGUUUGGCAUCACGGAAACCGCGAGGGCAAUGACGUGGAUAAAACAGAACCCCCAUAUGCGCUACGAGGUCAUUACCGACGCCAGCGACCUGACCUAUGUUGAAGAGCAUUUUGGACCCGACGGCUUCAACAGGCCGGACAUUGUCGAGUUCUAUCGACAAGUCAACCUCCGCAUCAUCAAGGCCGACUUGUUACGGUACAUGAUUCUGUAUGCCGAAGGGGGCAUCUACGCCGACAUUGAUGUCGAGGCCCUCAAGCCAUUCCAUCGGUUCAUUCCUGAGCGCCACAACGAGCAAGACUACGACCUGAUUGUCGGCAUCGAGGUGGACAUGCCGCAGUUUCGCAACCACCGCAUCUUGGGACAAAAGUCGCAAUCCUUCUGUCAGUGGACCAUUGUUGCGCGACCUCGCCAUCCAGUCAUGCUGCAUCUCAUCGAGAAGAUUAUGAAGUGGUUCAAGGGCGUGGCAAGGAAGCAACGCGUGUCCAUUGACAAGGUCGAGCUGGACUUUGACCAGGUCAUCACCGGCACAGGCCCCUCUGCAUUCACCGCGGCGGUGCUCGAGGAGAUGAACAAGGCGACCAAGGGCCCCAAGGUCACAUGGGACGACUUCCACGACAUGGACGAGUCCAAGGUCGUAGGCCGGGUCCUGGUCUUGACGGUCGAGGCCUUUUGCGCCGGACAAGGCCACUCCGACUCGGGAAACCACGGGUCUCGCGGGGCGCUGGUGAAGCAUCAUUAUCACGCAUCCAACUGGCCGAGCAAGCAUCGACGGUACAGACAUCCCGCCUACGGACAAGUGGAAGAGUGCAACUGGGACGCCGAGUGCGUGGAGCAGUGGGACAAGGAUGUGGCUGCGUUUGACAAGUUGUCAGAGGCGGACAAGAAGAAGAUUAUCGUGGAGCGGCUCAAAUUGCUGCAAGAACAACAGCAGCCACAGAUACAAGCAGUGGGUAAAGAGUCAUGA